AUGAAUAAUAAUUGGAGAGGAAGAGGCGGAAGAGGAGGAAGAGGUCGAGGACAAAAUAGUCGCGAUUAUGUUGAUAGUAAUAACAACAAUGGUAGUGGUAUUUCAAUUAUUGCUCGACUAGGACCUACCAAUUUACCUCUUAAUGAAAGAGCUGUUCACCAAUCAAAUAAUUCAAAUCGUAACCAAUCUUCUCAUCCAUCUUCUCAUCAACAAAGAGGAGGUAGAGCUUUUGAUUCUCAAAACUAUCGCGGGAAAAAUAACCAAAACUAUAACAACGCUCGCUUUAAUGAUGAAUUUAUUGAAGAGGAUAUUGAAAUGAAUUCAGGGAAUUUAGCUAGAAAUAUUGUUACAGUUACUGGAUACCCUCCUGGAUCUGAAGAAAAGGUCCUUGGAUUUAUUUCGAGAAAAUCAAAAGCUGCUUGGGAACCUUUGAAUGUACAAUAUGAACAAAAAGCAAUGCAUAUAACGGUUGCUGAUGAAACAGUAGUGGAAGCUCUAUGUAAAAUAAAUAAUUAUCGUUUUGGAAAUGCAUUUCUACAUAUUAUGAGAAAGAGUCAAAAUAGUACACAUAAUAAUCAAAGUAAUAAAAUCAGCAGUAAUAGAAAGGGAACAUCGCCUGUUUUAGUUAAUUUCCUAGAAGAAAGAUGGAAUGCUCAAAUUGGAUUUUUAACGAUGGAUAAUUUACCACCUACCUCACAUAAACUUACAGUUGUGAUAGCACGUUUAUUAGAUGAAGCUAAGAACUUGUUUGGAAAUAAUGUUAAAACUAUCUCAUUUGCAAAUAAUAAGCUAUGGUCUGUUAUACCUAUACUUAAAGUAAUUGAACUUUUUCCUGAUCUUCAAAACUUGUCACUUGCCAAUAACGAUAUUGCAGAAUUCCGUAAUUUAGAUAAAAUAGCCAACAAGUUACCCAAUCUACAGGAACUUAUGUUAUCAGGAAACCCAAUUCAAACCAAUAAUCCUCUCAAUGUUUAUCAGGAGGAAGUCAUCAAGAGAUUUCCUUCUAUCAAAUUUUUAGAUGCUCAACCUAUCAAUAGCAAGACGAACAAUAACAUGGGUGCUAUCUCAUCAUCAUUACCUCUUCCUGUUCGUUCUCACUUCUUUGAUCAAGAUAAUUCUCGACUUGCAGUACAAGAUUUAUUAUCAAAAUAUUUCCCUUUAUUUGAUUCAAAUCGAGCAUCUUUAUUAGAUUUAUAUGAUAGUCAAGCUAUAUUCUCUGUCGUCUUCAGUCAGGGCAAUCCUCAUCAAAGAAGUGUAUGGGGUGAUAGUCAAGCGUCCCCUAGACAAAGAAUGGUAUUUGGCAAUGAAAACAUUAUUAAGCGCUUAAUUCAAUUACCAGCUACAGUGCAUGAUUUAUCAAGCGCAGAUAAAUUUAUAACAGAUGCAUGGCAAACUACUGGGUCCCAAGCUCAUCCAAUUGUCUUAUUCUUAACUGUUCAUGGUGAAUUUAAUGAAUUACAUGCUGGAAACAGACUAUCGUUUGAUCGUUCCUUUUUAGUAGCUCCUUCAAGUCCAGGAUCAAGAGCACAUUCUGCUGGUUGGAGUUAUAUUAUCUUGUCAGAUUCAUUAAUUGUUCGUAAUUAUUCCUGUACACCUGCUUCUUUAAUUAAUGCGUAA